CUGGCCAUGGGGCGCUGUCGCCUCUGUCACGGCAAGUUUUCCUCCCGGAGUCUCCGCAGCAUCUCUGGCGGGGCGCCUGGGGAGAGCUCAGCAAGACCGCCCCCUGGGGACCGUGUUUUUGUCCGGGACUUCCAGCGCCUCCUGGGGGUGGCCGUCCACCAGGACCCGGCUCUGUCCCAGUUUGUCUGCAAGAACUGCCACACCCAGUUCUACCAGUGCCACGGCCUCCUCACGUCUUUCCUGCAGAGAGUCAACGUCCCCCCCACGGGCCGCCGGAAGCCUUGCGCAAAGGUCGGUGUGCAGCCUCGGACGGGGGCGGAGGAGGGAGCGUGUGUGGUGGACCUGAUCGCUUCGAGCCCCCAGGGCCUGCGCGGCUUGGUGGGGUGGGUGCACGGACACGCGGCCGGCUGCGGGGCCCUGCCCAGCCUCCAGAGGACCCUGUCCUCCGAGUACUGUGGCAUCGUCCGGGCCGUGUGGGGCUGUGACCGAGGGCACGACUACACCAUGGACGCCGACUCCAGCUGCGGCUCCCUCUUGCUGGACGGCACCUUGGGCGUCAGGCGGACGUGGGACAAGGAUUUGGCCCCAGGGCUCCCCCGGCAUCGGGGGUCCAGCCCCAGCGGGGCUGCCCCUCAGAGCUCCCAGGGCAGAGCGACCGCCGCCGGGGCCGAGACCGAGACGCUGCCCAGCACGGACACAGCCCGGCCUCCUUCAGAUGGCGACCCGGUGGGGCCUGGGCCGGGCCCCCCGCCUCAGCCAAGCCUCCCCCAAAGCGGGGCCCCAGGGCAGUUGGGUGAGAAGCAGGUUCCAUCUCCAACCUCGGAUGAUCGGGUAAAAGACGAGUUCAGUGACCUUUCUGAGGGAGACUUCCUGAGUGAAGACGAAAAUGACCAGAAGCAGAAUACCCAAUCCUCAGAUGAGUCCUUUGAGCCCCACCCAGAAAAGAAAAUCUCUGCUAAGAAGAGUGAAAGCAAAGAAGCCAAGAAGUCAGAAGAACCAAAAAUUCGAAAGAAACCUGGACCCAAGCCGGGCUGGAAGGGCAAGCCGCGCUGUGAGAGGGAGGAGCUGCCCACCAUCUACAAGUGUCCUCACCAGGGCUGCACGGCCGUGUACCGUGGGGCUGACGGCAUGAAGAAGCACGUCAAGGAGCACCACGAGGAGGUCCGGGAGAGGCCCUGCCCGCACCCCGGCUGCAACAAGGUGUUCAUGAUCGACCGCUACCUGCAGCGCCACGUCAAGCUCAUCCACACAGAGGUGCGGAACUAUAUCUGUGACGAGUGUGGGCAGACCUUCAAGCAGCGGAAGCACCUCCUGGUCCACCAGAUGCGCCACUCAGGAGCCAAGCCCCUGCAGUGCGAAGUCUGCGGGUUCCAGUGCCGGCAGCGGGCAUCCCUGAAGUACCACAUGACCAAGCACAAGGCCGAGACGGAGCUGGACUUUGCCUGCGACCAGUGUGGCCGGCGGUUCGAGAAGGCUCACAACCUCAACGUACACAUGUCCAUGGUGCACCCCCUGACGCAGACCCCGGAGCCCCCGCCUGGGCCCGCAGCGGGGCAGGCCGUGAAGGCUGAGCCCACCUGA